AUGGCUCCGGUGCUGGGCCAAACAGCGGCCAGGAAGGUGGCGUUGCUCCCCGGCAUGAGGAACUCCAAGUACAGAGUAACUGCGGUUGACAGCGGGAAGAGGGCGCUGGAGAUUCUGGGCUCGGAGCCGAAUGUGAGCAUGAUCAUCACAGACUACUGGAUGCCAGAGAUGACCGGCUACGACCUGCUCAAGAAGGAGUCUUCGAAGCUGAAGCAGAUCCCAGUGGUGAUCAUGUCCUCCGAGAACGUGCCCACCAGAUGCCUGGAGGAAGGCGCGGAGGACUUCCUGCUGAAGCCCGUCAGGCCGUCCGACAUCUCCCGCAUAACCACCAGGAUGCUGCUGCACUGA